CGCCGCUCUCUCCCGAAUUGCUGGAUGCUUCUCUGCCCCCAUCCCCGCUCUGCCACCGACUGGAGUCGCAGCUGCUGAGAAGCUCCAGGUAUUCAACCCUCUUAUUCUAUGGAAGACAGCUGACUAGAACACAGAUCUUGCAGGCAGAAAGAUCUGGAGGGAAACCAGCAGGAGCUGAGGUCAUCAAUUAUUCAAGUCUUCUCUGUAGAGGAGAUAUUCUGGAGAUGAGGCUCUAGGCCAAGGGCAUUACACGACUAGAGUUUCCUCUACACAGGAAUAUGAAGCCAGGAGAAGGUAAUUACUUCACCAUGUCUUGAGAAGAAAAAGAAAGCUUGGACAAACCAGUAACCAUCAUAUCUAGUUCAAAGGAGAAAUUUAACAUGAAAAUUAAAAUUGAGUUAUAGUCUUGUAUUGGUAUAAAACAUACCAGCAAAUAAGAUGUCUGAAAAGGAGGGUACUUCAGAAGAGCUAGAAGAUAUCACUAGUCAACUUAGGAAAGAAUCUGGAUUAUGGUCAGAAGAGCCUGAAUUUAUUAAAGAAACAUCAAAUUCUUUAGAGGAAGUUUGUGAUGGGAAACCUUCCAGUCAGAUUUGUGAAACACAUCCUAGAAAUGAUAAAUUAGGUAUAUAUGAUGAUACAUCAGCAUUGUCCCCUGAAAAGUCUGAGAGAAAUGAAGAUCAAAGGAAAACUCUUCAAUCUUCUGAAACAAUCGCUCUAUCUGACACCUUCCAGUCAAAAAGUGAUAUUUCACAAAGUCCACCAUUAUCAAUGACUGAGGUGGUUGCUGAAUAUCAGGAUUUUACUGGUUCCUCUCAUGAAACAUUAGAAAAAACCAGUCCACAACUCUCUGAGGAAAAUCAGAAAGAACUUCGCUUAGGAUCAGAUAACUUUACAGUUAACCUCAAGGCCAAAGGUUUACAAGAAUUCCCUAAGGACAUCUUAAAAGUCAAAUAUGUAAAAUAUCUAUAUUUGGAUGAGAACCAAAUCAAAAAUUUUAAAGGGGCAGACUCAGGUGAUCUGCUAGGACUUGAAAUUCUGUCCUUGCAAGGAAAUGGGUUAUCAUCUCUACCAUCUGAAAUUCAAUUACUUCAUAAUUUAAGGAUAUUAAAUGUCAGUCACAAUCAAAUAUCACAUAUACCUAAAGAAAUAUCACAGCUUGGGAAUAUCAGGCAACUCUUUUUUAAUAACAAUUACAUUGAGAAUUUUCCUUCUGGCUUAGAAAGUCUUGGAAACUUAGAAAUUUUAAGUUUGGCUAAAAAUAACUUAAGACAUAUACCAGACACUCUGUCUAGUUUGAAAAACUUGAGGGUUCUCAAUCUGGAAUAUAAUCAGUUAGCAAUAUUUCCUAAAGCUCUGUGCUUCCUUCCAAAGUUAAUUUCACUAAACCUUACUGGAAACCUGAUAAGGAGUUUGCCAAAAGAAAUUAGAGAGCUUAAAAAUUUAGAAAAACUUGUACUGGAUCAUAACCAGCUUACUUUUUUGGCUGUGGAAAUUUUUCAGUUGCUCAAAAUGAAAGAAAUUCAACUAGCUGAUAAUAAACUGGAAGUUAUUUCACAGAAAAUUGAGAAUUUUAAGGAACUCAGAAUUCUAAUACUUGAUAAAAAUUUAUUGAAAGAAAUACCAGAGAAAAUUUCCCACUGUGUAAUGUUGGAAUGCCUUAGUCUUAGUAAUAAUAAAUUAACGGAACUUCCUAAGAACAUCCAUAAGCUCAAAAAUUUAAGAAAACUCCAUGUAAACAGAAAUAAUAUAGUGAGAAUACCUGAAGAUAUCUCACAUCUUAAUAGUAUGUUCAGUCUAGAAUUUUCAGGAAAUAUAAUCACAGAUGUUCCCAUUGAGGUAAAAAAUUGCAGAAAAAUAACUAGAAUUGAACUGAGUUAUAACAAAAUAAUGUAUUUUCCAGUAAGUUUGUGUGCCUUAGAAUCUCUUUAUUAUUUGAAUUUUAAUGGAAAUUAUAUUUCAGAAAUACCUGUAGAUAUAUCUUUCAGUACACAAAUGCUUCAUUUAGAGUUAAAUAAAAAUAAACUCCUCAUAUUUUCUGAGUACUUAUGUUCUCUUACUAAUCUUGAGUAUCUAGAUCUUGGUAAAAACCAAAUAAGGAAAAUUCCACCAUUUAUCUCAAAUAUGAUAUCACUCCAUGUUCUUAUUUUAUGCUGUAAUAAAUUUGAAGCUUUCCCUAUAGAAGUAUGUACUUUAGAAAAUUUGCAAGUAUUUGAUCUUUCAAUAAACCAAAUACAGGAUAUCCCUUCAGAUAUCUGUAACCUAAAAAGAAUCCAGAAAUUAAACAUCUCAAGCAAUCAAUUUAUAUGUUUUCCUACUGAACUGUGCCGACUUCAAUCACUGGAAGAGCUGAAUAUAAGUCAGAUAAAUGGAAGAAAGUUAACAAGACUUCCAGAAGAGCUGUCUAAUAUGACUCAACUUAAAAGACUUGAUAUCUCAAAUAAUGCAAUCAUAGAGAUUCCAAGAAAUAUAGGGGAAUUGAGAAGUUUGGUUAGUUUAAAUGCAUACAACAAUCAAAUAAGUUAUCUGCCACCAUCUUUUCUAUGUUUACAUGAUCUCCAGCAACUAAAUUUGAGUGGAAAUAAUCUGACAGAUCUGCCUAGUGGUAUCCACAACCUUUUUUCACUGAAGGAGAUAAAUUUUGAUGAUAACCCUUUGCUGAGACCUCCAAUAGAAAUCUGUAGAGGAAAACAACUCUAUACAAUUACACACUAUCUACAGAGGGCAGAUCAAAGAGAUGAGAAAAUCCUAGAGAAGAUUUUCAACAUAGUUGCCAAAAACAUCACUGAAACAAAUUUUAAGGUUUUGUGUCAAAAACUAAACCUGGCAAUCUCAGAAACAGACAUGUCUACAAAGAGCACUGUUUCAUUAAGUGAGAGAGUCCACCAAGCACUUAAUAGGUGGAAAACGGACAGUAACAACUUGUCACUAACUACAGCUGCUUUAAGAGACCAACUAACUCGGACACUAAUGAUGAUAGGAGCUUAUGAAAUUAUGGACAAGAUAACAGCUUUAAAACUUUUUACAUGUGCAAUUAAAUUCUGAACAGUGUACACAUAAUAAAAACUGAAAAUUUAUGGUGUACUUACAUAAUUGAAACUGGAUAUAAGAGA